UAAAUUUGCCACGCGGUGAGGGGUUUAGAUAUACCUCGAAGCAUUUGUAGACACUCGAUACGAUCUCCCACUUCCUAGAAGAUACAGCGUUAAAGUAGAGGACAAGACACGCAUCCCAAAAGCCAAGCGGGCCUAUCACUGUUCUGGGCUGCUGUAGGUUGUGUACAGGACGAGUGUUGACACUUCGCCUCGACACUGAUAAGUGUACGGUACAACAGAUUGGUGUAUAUCGGAGCAUCGCCGUCAGACGACGUAAUCAACACCCUUUGUUGUGGAAGACGAUCACUCAAUUGUUCGCCCUCCUUGAGUGAGACGUGUACCUGCUCAACACGCCAGGAUAAUUCAUUAAUAGGGAACUCAGUGUCAUUAGGCUUGAACGACUGACGCACAUCUGCUAUUGAAAUUGUUCUAUUUUCAUGUUAUGAGAGUGAACGUGAACUCGUUUGACAACCGUAUGAAUAAGCAGACGACAGUUAAACAGCGUAUGGACCAAGGUCUGCUUAGUUCUUACCCACGCCCGUGAAGUGUAGACUGCAUACACUUCUUAAUCUUUACGGACUGAAAACGAGAUUAUUUGUUCUAUACACCAGUACGGAGAUUCGUUAGCAUUGAAUAGGCUCGUUGAGUGGAAGGGUUACAAUAGUGUUCUGAACAGCGUGUCGAUCUAGAGCAGACAGCUACAUAAACCUCCAAAUGGAAGCGGCCGGUGGAUCGCCUCACGUGCUGCAGGUAGAGGCAGACGACUCUUGUAUUUCCUAUUCAGAACAGCUGAGUGGUUCCGUGGAAGAGUACGCGUUUAACAGUCGGGUUAGCAUGGAGGCCAACGUGGACGAAUCCAGCAAAUGUGCAGGCAUUUCGCCAAAACUUGUGUGUACAUCGUGUUCUCAAAGGUUCGUAAAUCCACGAAUUCUCCCGUGUCUUCAUACGUUUUGUUCCGAGUGCAUCUCCGGAUUCCGAACGUAUCCCAUCAACUGCCCUGAUUUGAAUGAUUCGGGUGAAAGGGAGGAGCUAUCGAGUGCGAAGGUGUUGUCGUCUGCUCCGAGUUUAGAUCAGCCGUCCUUCGAUUCAGCAGACGGCAAAACAGACGACACUUACUAUCACAAGAAACGCAUGAUUCUGUGCCCCGAUUGCUUAAGAGAAGUUGAAAUCGCAACGGACGUCAGCGAAUUACAUAAAAAUCAUGUGGUUGAGAGAAAACUAGCUGAAGACUGCUUGCAGAAUAUCAACAACAACAUUCCCCAGUUCUGUGACUCCUGUGUUGAUCUCACAGAAGGGUCUGUGGUGAGAGUGCGAUGUGUGGAGUGUUCCGAGAGUCUGUGUUCCUAUUGCGAACAGGCCCACAGACGACAGCGGCGAACCAAGGGCCAUCACCUUGUCAGUGUGAACGAACCUACAGACACGGACAAAACGAGAAAAAACAUUCAUCGUCAAAUAUUUUGUCCUAGACAUACGUCAGAAGAACUGAAAUUGUUUUGUUCAAGUUGUGACGAGGUCGUAUGCCGGGACUGUGUUGUGCUCGACCACAGGGACCACCAGUGUCAGUUCGUGUCAUCAGAACUAUUUCGAACGGAGAUGGACUCGAUGCAACUUCUCAUAAAAAACGUCGUUCCCAAAGUCAAUGCCGUUGAAGCACGUCUAAAAAGCGUCUCAACUCUUAAAGACAAGAUUCGGACACGAGCGAAACAGGUGGAAUCUGAGAUUAACAAAUUCAUGGACAGUUACAUCCAAGCUAUCGAGAAACACAGGCAGGCGUUGAUUGGUCAGAUAGACUCACUAGUCAAGGACAGGGAACGAAGUCUGAACGUGACUGAACUGCACCUGAAGGAUUCGAAGGGAGAGGUCGGAGAGACUUGUAAACUCGUGUCUGAACUGAUCGACACAGGUUCAGAUCUGGAGAUACUGACCGUCAAGAAGUUAAUAACCGGACGUCUGAACCGUCUGAACUCACUCCCUGUUGACCCGAAGACCAAGAUCAACGAUUUCGUAAGGUUCAGUCCCGAGGAGAAAGCAGACGUCAUUAACGACUUCCAGAUGUAUGGGAAGGUGGUGUCAAGACAAGUGACCGCUGCCAAGUCCACCGUCGACGGUGACGGUUUGAGCACAGCAAGGAUUGGUCACAAGUCUGAGAUGACUUUGACUGUAAGAGAUACAGAGCACGUGCAGUACAACGGAAGUGACGUCAACGUCAGAGCGUGGCUUAUCUACCAGAAUGAAAGUCUCAGAAGCGUUCCUGUAAACAUCUCCUGUAAGAAGGACGGAACCCACCAGCUGACCUUCACCCCGGUCCAGAAGGGCACGCACUUCCUCCACGUGGCAGUCAGUGGCCAGCCGGUCAAGGAUAGCCCCUUCAAGUUCAGUGUGAAGGCAAGAUGGCGGGAACACAAGGGUAUUUGGCAGUGUUGCACCUUCUGUCAGACCGGAGGGAAGAGGGACGUCACGUGCGGAUGCAAGGGGGCAAUGCCAGGUGGGUUUGCAGGCUGCGGGCACGGACAUGGCAACCACCCCGGCGGACCUCACUGGUCGUGCUGUGGGAAGAUGGUGAAGAACUCGGAAUGCUCUGUUACCAGCAGACCCUCUCCCCUCAGACAGGUCACGUUAUGAAGCAGUCACAGUUGAUCACUGGAAAACACACUUGUCUGGUCAGACUGGCCACGUUCAACAGCAACUGACUGCACAGCAGCACAUGACCACGCGAACUUGGCCACGUUAGAAGCUGGCAGCAGAUGAUCAAACGAAAAUGGCUGUGUUAGAAGCUGGCAGCAGAUGAUCAAACGAAAAUGGCCAUGUUAGAAGCUGGCGGGAGAUGAUCAAAUGAAAAUGGCCAUGUGAGAAGCUGGCAGCAGAUGAUCAAACAAAAAUGGCCAUGUUAGAAGCUGGCAGCAGAUGAUCAAACAAAAAUGGCCGUGUUAGAAGCUGGCAGCAGAUGAUCAAACGGAAAUGGCCACGUUAGAAUCUGGCUUCUGAUGAUCACACGAACCUAGCCACGUUAGAAGCUGGCGGCUGAUGACCACAUGAAAAUGGCCACGUUAGAAGCUGGCAGCAGAUGAUCAAACGAAAAUGGCCAUGUGAGAAGCUGGAAGCAGAUGACCACACGAAAAUGGCCACGUUAGAAGCUGGCAGCAGAUGAUCAAACGAAAAUGGCCACGUUAGAAGCUGGCAGAUGAUCAAACGAAAAUGGCCAUGUGAGAAGCUUGACUUCACUGUGUGCAUCAAGUGGCCAUUGUAAGGUACCUCGUACACUCCCCCCUCCUUGAUCAGAGUCAUUAUGAAGAACUCAGCCACCCUCCCGUCCUUGCUUAGAUAUGCAACGUAGCGAGAGUAUUUGGCAGGUUGCAAGUCAUCUUGUUUCACAUCUUUGCUGAGGCUUCUCAAGUGAACAGCAGAUGGUGUUGAGAAGAUAACACAUAGAGGACAGCAAACGCUCUCAUAUCUGUGUCAAACAUGUGGAUUUCAACAAAAAUAUAACAUGGACAAAACACUCUCUCCAUUUCACUCUUCCACCAGACGGCCACGCUGAGCAGCCAAAGUUCAGGAACAUAGAAUAGUCUCAUUCUCUGUUAACACCACAUUACAGAGACAACUGUCUCGGGUACAGGUUCCCCAGACACGUGACUUGAGCUGAGGAGAGAUGAGAAGUCAAGUAGAAAGUCCAUUCUCUGAUCCUCUCUGCUGUCAGACCAUGUUAUAAAGCCAACGACAGGGUAAGACAGACGUCAUCUAAUGGAGCACGGACAGAACAGAGUACUACUAUUCCUGUGUGUACUGCUCAAGAAUCCCAUGUCACCCACAGAAAGAAAGGCCAGGCCACAAAAGCUAGAACUGCCAAGUGACAUCAGCAUUUGUUGACACUAACAGUCUCAUCACAGACAGACAAAUCACAAAUGACCAAGAACACAAAUUAACAAUAAUAUGUUUUGUACAAAUAACAUUUCAACAUGUAUUUAUUUAUGUGGGACAUGUUAAAAAAAUAAAAGUGUUAACCAAAAUA